AUGGGUAGUGGUAGAAAUUUCUCAUCUUCAUGUCACUCUAAUGGGAUUAUGCCCGAAGGUUCAAGUGAUGGAUCUUUAAUUACAGAGCACCUGUCGAGUCUUGCACUUUCGGUUGAGGAGAGGAGUCGGGAUCAUAGCUCCGUGAAGCUUCUGUCUGGAUCUUGUUACAUGCCCCAUCCAGAUAAAGAAAAAACAGGUGGAGAGGAUGCUCAUUUUAUAUGCGCUGAUGAGCAAGUAGUUGGUGUUGCUGAUGGGGUCGGUGGUUGGGCAGAUGUAGGUGUUAACUCGGGGGAUUAUGCCCGCCAGCUCAUGUCUAAUUCUGUAGAAGCCAUUAGAAAAUCGCAAGGUGGAGAUGUUGACCCCCUGAAUGUGUUGGAAAAGGCCCACGCGGCAACUAGUAUGAUGGGUUCCUCGACUGCUUGCAUUGUUGCCCUGAAAAGCCAGAAUCUUCAUGCUGUCAAUAUUGGAGAUAGUGGGUUUAUUGUGAUCAGGGAUGGGCGCACAGUAUUCGAGUCGCCUGUACAACAGCAUGGCUUCAAUUGCCCUUAUCAACUUGAACGAGGACCGGCAGGUGAUCUGCCAAGUUCUGGACAGGUUUUCAAGGUUCCAGUUGUACCUGGAGAUGUGGUCGUUGCAGGUAGUGAUGGCUUGUUCGACAAUUUGUAUAAUAAAGAGAUAGCGACAAUUGUGGCUGAUGCUGUGAAAGAAGGUUUUGGUCCAGAUGCCACAGCCCGAAAGAUUGCUGAAUUUUCACGUAUACGGGCUCUGGACAGGAAAUGUCGGAGUCCAUUUUCUGUUGCAGCCGAACAAGCUGGAUUUGCUUUCUAUGGUGGUAAACUUGAUGACUUAACUGUUGUCGUCUCAUAUGUUUCUUGUUAA